GCGCAGCGGGGAUGAGGCCGGGGCUGGGGCCGGGCCGCGGCGCGCUGCCGCUCCUCGGCUGCCUCGCGCUGCUGCUGCUGCCGCCGCCCGCCGCUGCCGCCGAGUUCAGCCCCUCCCUGGACAGCGACUUCACCUUCACGCUGCCCGCCGGCCGCCGGGAGUGCUUCUACCAGCCCAUGCGCAAGGAGGCCUCGCUGGAGCUCGAGUACCAGGUUUUAGAUGGAGCAGGAUUAGAUGUUGAUUUUCAUCUACUGUCUCCAAAAGGUGAAACUCUAGUUUUUGAUCAAAGAAAAUCAGAUGGAGUUCAUACUGUGGAAACAGAAGAUGGUGAUUACAUGUUCUGCUUUGACAACACAUUCAGUACCAUUUCUGAGAAGGUUAUUUUCUUUGAACUGAUUCUGGACAACAUGGGAGAAGGAGGAGGACAAGAUCAAGAGGACUGGAAGAAGUAUGUUACAGGCACAGAUCUCCUGGAUAUGAAACUGGAAGACAUUCUGGAAUCCAUCAACAGUGUCAAAGCUAGACUAAGCAAAAGUGUCCAGAUUCAGACCCUUCUCAGAGCAUUUGAAGCUCGUGACCGAAAUAUACAAGAAAGCAACUUUGACAGAGUGAAUUUCUGGUCCCUGGUCAACUUGGGAGUAAUGGUGGUAGUAUCAGCUGUUCAGGUUUACAUGUUGAAAAGUCUCUUUGAAGAUAAGAGGAAAAGUAGAACUUAAUAUUCAGUAUGAUCAUAAAGAUAUACAGGUGGGGGGAAGCAAUAAACUGCUGCAGGAAAGAAACAAAAAUCUUUUAGAUUCUUUUGAACAGCAGUAGACACAUCAGGUUUCUAAGUCAUAUGGGGCUUUUUAAUGUUAACAGAAUGCCUUGCCCCAAGCUCUUCCAUCUUUGCAAGUGCUGUUAACAAACACUUAACUGUUUUUCAUGCUUGUAUUAUUUGUUAAUCAUUGUUAAUGACUAGCUCAUGCAUAGCACACAGGAUGUGGGUUCAUAUGCAAAGUAAUGUUAAUACUGUCAUUUUUUUAUGUUUGCAUAAAAUUUUAAAUGGUAAGUUAGAUUUGGUUUGUUUGAUGUUAAACAUUGAGUGAAUUUAAAUCUGUGCCUAUGUGUUUACAAGAUUGGGGCUCACAGAGUAGUCUGUGGUUACCAUCAUUUAUCAUCAAAGCAAAGUGUUUCUUUAAAGUCCUCAGCUUUUGUUGUAUGGCAUCAUGUAGAAACACUGGGCUAACAUUGUGAAAACAAAAUUACAGCUUUUUUUUUUUUUUUUUUGAGAGAGAGAGAUGGCUGACAUCAGCACUUUAAAAAUGAAUACUGUCAAUGUGAAAUUGAGUCAGCACUGACAAGAGAAAAUAGGUGCAAUUUUUGUUCAUAAAUCUUUGUCUUGUUUUACAAUCCCAUUUUCCUUUUUGGCUGUUACGUGAGAUCCAAGGUACAAUGAAUUGAAGCAUGGUUUGUGAACUCCUAUUUGUUACAACCUCAUGUAAUAGAUACAUUUUCAAGAAGCCAUUUCUUAUAUUUUUCCCUUUUAUUUGCCAAUUUUUUAUUAGUUUGUCUACUGCAUGGCUAAGACUAAUGCAGCAAUUAAUAGGGUGACUUACAUAUGCAUCAAAAAAGCAUAGCUACACAUCUGAAUUUUUCCGUCUUGCUCACUCUAAUGGAUCUCUUAGCUGUGUAAGUACAUUAUAGUCAUAUGAGCAGUUUUGUAAAUCUAGCUGUUUCUGUGAGUAAGGAGGUAUGAAUCAAGGGAGCAAUAAGUACAGGCUUCAAGUUUUAGGAUUAAAUGAAUAUGUAACAUGACUUAACUAAGGAAAAGUUAUCCUCAAAUGGUUGACUUUUAGUAGUACAUUGUGAAUAUGGAAAACUUGCCAAAAAAACCUUAAGUAUGUAAGAACAAACUUCUUUUAAUAGUUCAAACUUAGCCAUUAUUACGAUGUGCCAAGUCAUCAAAAUUCCGUACAGAAAUGAACUAUCUACAUCAUUUCAUCACAAAGUGUUUUAAACACAAUGAGUGUAUUAGUGAUCUGCUUGUUCUUGGUUCAUCUGGGUAUUAACUGCAGAACUGCAACUUUGAGACUUUCUGGGAUAAAAUUAUUUUAGGGGGAUAAGACAGGGUCAAUAUAUGAAUGAAGUUUCUUUAUUCGAAUGAGUAGAUGCUAGCAAGGGCUACAGUACACAGGAACUGCACUUCAACUUCAGAUAAUGGGACCUAGCAAUAAUAUUUCUAGAUAGUUUUUAUAAAUUUAAGUAUUAUUCCUUACAGAACUUAUUACAGAGGGCACCAAAGGCUGUUGAGCUACUUGUCCCUUCUGCAAAGCUGUGUCCAAAGUAAACUGUUUCCCUUCAGGGUUCUGCAUAUCUUCUUUUCCCACAUGAUGCUUUCUAUUCUCAAGUGCUUGGAAUUGGCAAGCUUAUUCCUAGGCUUUGUCCUGACCAAAUGAAAGAUUAACUUUCUCCCACUGUGGCAAAUAUUUUUCUGCCAUUUCUGCCAUGUCUCCCAGCAAUAAAGUAUCAUGUAUUUGUAACAGGAUGGAUAUCUAUAAACAGCAAGCCAAAGCUCCCAGGAGUAGACUUUUGGUCACGUCCCUCCAGGAAAAGCAAACCAAGAAUCUUAGGGCUUUGUCCCUUUUGCUAGAAGAAACAGGAGAUCUAUCUUCACUUGCAUUGCCAGAAGUGCAAUGCUGCAAACCAUCUGCAACAUACUGUAACAGCUCUGUGAAACUCUUAAGACAUCUACCUCUUGUAUGUAAGCUACUAGAUUCUCGUUUUCAGCUCUGGAUAUCCAACUGAUGAGCUCUGCCAAAUUUUCAUAGAGCACCUCUCGAGAUUAGAUCCACAGCUAAUCUGCUCUGCCUGUCUGCCAGAGGUUAUACAUCCAGGGCCAAAAUAAGCCAGAAUGUGCUUGCGCUUCACUCACUCACUCUAGUUCAGUGUGGUAUGUUAGCCUAUGAAUGCAGGCUUCUGAUAAAACACCAGACUAAACUGCAGCAGCUUCUUUGAUUAGAGACAGCAGUCUCUAGUAUAGGGAAAAUAAUGCAACAAAUAUCAGCAGAGUUCAUCUGGAUGAAAGGAUUAUUUUCUAACAAAGAACUCUUACUGAAUUUCUCCCCAUCGAGGUUUGGCUGAUUAUAGAAAAAUUUAAACAGAGAAUAAACUACAAAUGUUAAUUAUGCUUUGACUUUAGCCACUGGAAAACAUUUGUAAGUAAAAUAUUUGGCAUUUAAACUUGCAGUUAAAUUUCAACUGGAUUUUGAAGAACAGUCAAAUUGUUUUUGAUUGUAUGCAACGUACAAAGGGGAACUACAGUGUUUCUUAAUGGAUUUUUUUAUUCAGAAGAAAAUGUUUUAAGACUUGCAGACACUGAAUAAGAUUAUGCAAAACCCUGAGAUUUUCAAUAAAUGAGGCUUAAACUUG